AUGACCGACUCUGGACAUGCUAUCUGUGGAACAUCCGGUGCAACCCAGUACAUCGAUGCCUGUGGAGGCAAGCUCCAUGACUACCAGCUCGAGGGUCUGAACUGGCUGAGAUACUCCUGGCAUAAUGAUAUCUGUACCAUCCUGGCUGAUGAGAUGGGAUUGGGGAAAACUAUCCAGACCAUCGCGUUCCUCUACUCUCUCUAUAAGGAGGGUCAUUCCAAAGGACCUUUUCUGAUCAGUGCUCCUCUAUGUUCCAUUAUCAACUGGGAGAGAGAGUUUGAGUUCUGGGCUCCAGCCUUCUACGUCGUCACAUACACUGGAGACAAGGACGGCAGAGCUAUUAUCAGAGCCCUGAUGUUUGGCGAGCCAUUGAAGAAGAAAAAGAGUAAAGGCAAGAACAAGAAGGGCAAGAACCAAGAGAGAGAACAAAGAGCCAUACAGAAGCUGGAGCCAACGACAGAUGUACAUAGCCCUGAUGUUUGGCGAGCCAUUGAAGAAGAAAAAGAGUAAAGGCAA